UCAUGAAACAGUGUACACUGCUACAUAAAUGUCUAAUACAAAAAUGUCAUCAUCGAGGAAAAGGUAUUGUAAAACUCCACGGUACAGCUGAACCCACCUGAUGCAUAGUACCUCUUCAUGUUCACUGGAAAAAAGUUUACUUGCUUUAUAAAAGAGUAAGUAAUAAAAAAUUGAAUAUGCUUUGUUUUAGGGAUUCGUCAGUACUACUUUGAGAAUAUGCCACUGAACUGGACGGAAGCUCAGAGCUUCUGCAGACGGGUCUACACUGACCUGGCCACCAUAGAAACCCAGACUGACGCCUUUGCUGUACUCAGGACCACACCAAGCUACACAGGCAAGGCUUGGAUAGGCCUCUAUGGUGACAACUGGAGAUGGUCCCUGACCAACAGCAGCUUCUAUGGUGAAGAAGACACAGGGUUUAGAAACUGGGCUCCUGGACGUUCCUAUAAUCCUAACGGACAACAGAACUGUGUGCUGCUUCAAAACUAUAACUAUUACUAUUACAACAAUGGAAAGUGGUUGGACGUUAAUUGUAACUACCCAUUCUACUCUGUGUGCUAUAACGGUUCAGUAAAUGGAACAUCAACCUUUGUAAAAGUCGACACACCUUUGAAUUGGACUGAAGCUCAGAGAUACUGCAGGGAGAAUUACGUCGAUCUAGCCAGUAUACGUGAUCAGACCGAAAAUGAUGUCAUCACAAAGCUGGCAGCUGGUGACGAUGUGUGGAUCGGUCUACACUUGGAACAACUGUGGUCUGAUGGGAGCACGUCUCUGUUUCAAUACUGGGCCUAUGGGCAACCGGACAGCACAGAGCAGUGUGUCACCACAGUGUUCAGAAACUCAGGACGGUGGUCAGAUGAUAACUGCUCCCUCACUUUCCCGUUCAUCUGCUACUCAACAACUCCUCCAAAAACAGAAGACUUCAGAUCAAUAGGACAAGAUGAGACCAGUAUCACUCUGCAGUGGAAUAAAGUGAACAACAACUUCAGCUUUAUUCUCCAGUUUAAUAAUGCAGAGAUCAACAUCACUGCAGCAGAUGGAGAUGGACGAGUAACUCACACAGUCUCAUCUCUCACUGCUGCAACUGAAUACACAUUCACUCUCUUCUCUGUGUCUGAGAACGUCAGAAGCAGUGGAGUAAACAUUACUGCAGUUACCGCUCCUUCAAAUGCAAGAAACUUCAGAUCAAUAGGACAAGAUGAGACCAGUAUCACUCUGCAGUGGAAUAAAGUGAACAACAGCUUCAGCUUUAUUCUCCAGUUUAAUGAUGCAGAGAUCUACAUCACUGCACCAGAUGGAGAUGGACCAGUAACUUACACAGUCUCAUCUCUCACUGCUGGAAUUCCAUAUAGAUUCACUCUCUUCUCUGUGUUUGAAAACGUCAGAAGCAGUGGAGUGAGCGUUACUGCAUUUACUGAGGAAGUGGACUUCCUUGCCGCCGAGAUCCAGCAACUUCUGCUGAAGCAGGCUGUCUUAGGACAUCUCAGCGCAUGA